AUGGUCGGCGGGCCCGAGGUCGGCGUACCCGAGGUCGGCGUACCCGAGGUCGGCGUACCCGAGGUCGGCAGACCUAUCGGUGGGUUUGAUACUACAACCGCGAGGAAUCAUGAGGAUAAGAUUGAUUUCGAGGGCGGAACAGUUGAGAUGGGAGAUCGGCGAGGAGGCAUGAACGAGGUCGGUGGUUCCGGGACAGGCGGAUUCAGUGGCCCAGAGCUCGGCGGUCAUGGGAUCGAUGGUGAACUCAGCUGUGAUGAGUUCGAUGGAGCUCGGCGAACUUGUGAGCUCGGCAUUGAAGAGUUUGGUGGCAAAUCGCUGCUUGGCAUAAACGCGGAUUCGUCAGGUGGUAGUGAGCUCGGCAUGGGGCAUGUUCGGCUGAGAAUUCGAAGCUCGCAGGUUCAUGAGACCGUGGUUGGUGCCGAGCUAAGUAAGCGGCUAGAUGGGUCUCGUUCAUGCGGAACUGGGGUCGGCAUGGAGGAUUUCGGAGGUCACAUUGAUAAUUCUAAUCGCGUUGAUUCUGACGCUUACUCCGACGAUGGCGAUCUCGAUCUUAUGAUGGGGGGUCGCGAGGUCGGCUCGCUUUGCAGGAAGGUUGGCCGACCUUCUACGAGUUCUCGUGUUCCCGCACGUGCGCGUGGUAAGACUCUUGCGGGGAUCCGACGCGCUUUCACGAGGGAAUCUGGUACUGGCUAUAAGAAUGCUUUCGAUGACGUUGGUGUUGACAUUGGAGCAGAGUGUGGAGAUUUCGACAGUUUGGCCAACGACUACGAUUUUGCUGAUAUUCUCGAAUUCAGCGAAGAUAGCGACAGUGGUUCUGGUGGGAGUCCUAUGGACGUUGUCCCGGCCGAGGAUACUGGUCCUCGUUCAGCUGUUUUGGGUCUUAGUGCUGCAUCGAUUGGUGCCAGUCUUUCAGCCGGUCCGGCCGAUCACGGUCCUUCGUUGUGCACAUCGGAUACUAUUGCCGAGAUGAUGCGGUGGUGUAAGAUGCCCGAGGGUUUGGUUUUCCGAUCUCCUAAACCCCACGAGCGUCCUUGGACGCCUCCAGCAGGUUUUAUCGCCCUCUAUGAGCAUUAUUUUACUGAUUGCGGUCUUUGGUUUCCUCUGCCGGAGUUUUUGACGCGUUACUGCGCGAGGCGUAAGAUAGCUAUCUCUCAGCUUUCUGUGGGAGGUAUCCGCAACGCAGCUGGUUUGGCGAUACUGGGUACCGAUUGUGGCGUCGAGGUUGAUGUACAUUUCCUUGAGGAGGCUACCAGGUUUACGAAAGUCAGAGGUAGUCCGGGGUACUUUUAUACUAGUGCUAAAUCGGGUUAUCAGAUCGUCACCGGAGCUGAGAAGAAGAUUUGUCAUUGGCAGCGUUACUUUUUCUUUGUCAAGCUAGAUGAGACUUCGGUUGACAACCUCGAUAUGUUUUACGCUACUGAGUGGAAUAUGGUUCCCGAGCCUGUCGUUCGCUUGCGUGCUCAUCCUCCAGGUUUUUUCGACAAUCUCAGGAAGAUCAGAGCGAGAGGGGCGAUUGAUUGGCCUUCGAUUACUCAGAGAUCUCGUCUACCGCGCUUAGGGAUGGGAAAAGUUAACACUCGUCUUCCUCGAUACGCCGAUCAGUUCAAGAAGGCCGUUGAUGCUGGGUCUUCUUCGCGCGCUGCCGACACUGAAGUCGUUGACCCGUCAGCCGGCGGAGGUGUCGAUCUGCGAGUUGCAGGAGAUUUGAGAUCGGCGGAGGUGGCCGCUACCCGCGCCGACAAAAGAGCUGCCAAGGUUCCUGCUGUCGUUCCGCGUGCGCAGAAGUCACGUGGCGAGGCUUCUGAUGCCCUAGCGAUCGUCGUCGCUGAUUCUGGACGUCCUACUCCAUCAAGGAAGAGAGCUUCUCAUGGUGAGGUGGUCGCUCCCGAGCCCGAAUCGUCCAAGAGAUCUAGGAGGGAUGGCAUACCGCGCGACACCACUGAGAUUGAUGAUUCGUUCUCCUUUUCUUACAAGACAAAGGAUGAGUUGUUUAUCAACAACGCUACUGCUUGUGGUGAGCUUGCUAGCAAGGUUCGCGGCUCCUUCGACCCGCUUCCCUCUGUGGGUUCUCUCUAUGAUCCCGAGCUGUAUCGGUCGUGGGCUCGGAAACACUUCCAGGAUGGUGGUGGCGUGAAUCGUAUGGUCGUCUCGUACGAGCGUCGCAUUGCCGAGCUGGAGAAGCAACUUGCUGAUUCUCGUACCUCUGAACCAUCGAGGAGAUCGGCUGAGGAGCUUCGUCAGGAUCUCGAUAAAGAGCGAGGGGUUUCUGCUGUUCUUACGAAGCAAACUGCCGGUUUCAGGAAGCAAGUGGCCGAUCUCAAGGCUUCUCUUAACGCUUCCCGCUCUCGUCUUGAGCAGUUUGAGGUUGAUCACGCGUUUCAGAAGGCGCAGUUGCAGCAGCUGCAAGCAGAGCGGCAUGGCAUCGAUGUCGAGGUUGCCGACUACAAGUCUCGUAUUGAGAGGAUGAGGAGGCAUAUUAUUGACAACAGAGCGGCGCAGGAGUCUCUUCUGACUUUGAGCCAGGUGAGCGGCACCUAUGAUUGUCUUCAGGAGCUGGUGAAGAGUGGUACGGUCAUUCCGUCGAAGACUUUGCUCGGCUUGGAGGCUGACGUGAAGAUGUGGGAGGAGAAGGUUCUUGGUUUCGAUAUUGCCGAUGUUUUGGACAGCGACCUCGAGGCUCUUCCAGAGACCGCGAUCGUUCCUACGAACCUUCAGGCGGCGGAGGUUCCCGUGGUUGUAGGAGAGGAGGUCGUCAUGGCAGGGGCACCUGCGGGCUCGGGCGCUCAGGUUGCUGCCGAGCAGUGACUUGCUUUUGUCUUGUUUUAUUAGAACCUAUUCCCGUUUUGUAGCGGAUGUUGGGCCGUUUAGGCGAUGUAUUUUCUUUUUGGGACCUUGCAUUAUCGUUGGAUUGACCGGAUAUUGAGCCGUUUAGGCGUUGUACUUUUCCUUUUUGGAACUUUGCUAUGUUUUAUCCUCUCGUUUUUUGACA